AGUUGCUGGAGCAGGUUUUACUCUGAAAGUCAGCACAGGAAGUCGGGACAUUUUCUCCUGUUGACUUCACACUUGGAGGAGCAUCUUCUGAGUUCAUGCAGAAGACGCAAGAGCUGCGGGACGGGAAUAUGCGGAAUAUUUUACGGCCAGAAACCUGACACACCAGAGGCAAGGAUGUCCUGGCCUGCUCUUUACGCUCAGCUGGUCGGUGCAAAUCGUCACUCUACCUCGCUGGGUAAAAUCUGGCUGUCCGUGCUGUUUAUUUUCCGGGUCCUGGUGCUGGUUGUAGCCGCAGAGAGCGUCUGGGGGGAUGAGCAGUCUGAUUUCAUUUGUAACACACUACAGCCUGGGUGUGAGAACGUCUGCUACGAUCAAUUCUUCCCCGUCUCCCACAUUCGCCUCUGGUGUCUUCAGCUCGUCUUUGUCUCCACCCCAACGCUCCUGAUCGCCAUGUAUGUGGCCUACCGUAACCGCACCGAUAAGAAGUUGCUCCUUCAGGGUUCUGGCAGAGCAAGUUUCCUUGGUAACAAGGGCCCAGAGGAGGAUUUGGAGGCUCUGAAGAAGCGGAGGCUCCCAGUAACUGGUGCCCUCUGGUGGACAUAUGUCUGCAGUCUGGUGGUCAGGAUGAUGUUCGAAGGUGGAUUCCUGUAUGCCCUCUACACGGUGUACGAUGGCUUCCAAAUGCCACGGUUGGUGCAGUGUGACCAGUGGCCGUGUCCUAACCUGGUGGACUGCUUCAUCUCACGCCCCACUGAGAAAACCAUCUUCACCGUCUUCAUGGCCACGGCCUCCUCCAUCUGCAUGGUCCUCAACAUGGCCGAACUUGCAUAUCUAGUUGCCAAGGCGAUCACUAGCGCGUGCCCCCGGUGCAGGGGCUCCACACACAGCGCGCCUGUCGCGGAUGACGUUGGCCAAUGGCCACGCGGGACGCAGCCGCUGCGCUUCGCCUUCGCGGGACGGCUUCCACACGUGCCCCUCCUACAGCUCAUGAAGUUCUCCCAGCAAAAGUUACUCAGAGUUCCCUCCUUCCUCGUCUUGGCUAGCUGCGGUUCUCUCGCCUCUCUCCAGGUGUGGCUGACGGUCCUCUUCAUUUUCCGCAUCCUGGUGCUCGGAGCAGCAGCUGAGGAGGUCUGGGGAGACGAGCAGUCGGACUUUACCUGCAACACGCAGCAGCCCGGCUGCGAGAACGUGUGCUACGACGAGGCCUUCCCCAUCUCCCACAUCCGUUUCUGGGUGCUGCAGAUCAUCUUUGUCUCCACACCCACCCUGAUCUACCUGGGCCAUGUGCUACACAUCGUCCGCAUGGAGGAGAAGAGGCGGGAGCGAGAGGAGGACCUCAGAAAGGCUGGACGGCACCAGGAGGACCAGGACCCUCUCUAUCACAAUGGGGUUGGUGAUGGUGGUGGUGGUGGUGGUGGCAGAGGAGGCGGUAAAAAGGAGAAGCCUCCGAUCCGCGACGAGCACGGGAAGAUCAGGAUCCGCGGAGCACUGCUGAGGACAUACAUCUUCAACAUCAUCUUCAAGACUCUGUUUGAGGUGGGCUUCAUCCUGGGGCAGUACUUCCUCUAUGGCUUCCACCUGAAGCCGCUAUAUAAAUGUGGCCGCUGGCCCUGCCCCAAUACUGUGGACUGCUUCAUCUCCAGGCCCACUGAAAAGACUAUCUUCAUUAUAUUCAUGCUGGUGGUUGCAUGUGUCUCUUUGGUCCUCAACCUGCUGGAGAUCUAUCACCUGGGCUGGAAGAAGGUCCGGCAGGGGGUCACCAAUGAGUUUGCUCCUGACAGCGGGUCGCUGCUGGGCGCAGAAGAGCCCGGGGAUGCAGAGACGAUACCCGAGCGGGCCUCACGCACCUCGGCGCUCAACUGCCUGCCAGCUUACGCCAACAUGGCGGAUGGAGCCGGUGAUGGAGGAGCUUACAGCUCCAGUGACACUUCUCCCACCGUUAGCUCCUCAACUCCUAACAUGGAGCCCGCCCCUAUGGCCGGAGGACUGAAGCUAGAAGGCGCAGUAUUCCAACCAGAUUACUUUCUGGACGUGCAGCCCUCUUCUAUUUAUGACAACGGCGAGCGGGUGAACGUUGGAAGCUGCGGACAUCUGGCGGAGAUGAGGCAGAACUGGAGCAACGCAGCUCUGGAGCUUCUCGACGCGAGCGGGAAAAAAUCCUCCUCCUCCUUGUCCUACCCCCCUCCUCUAUCCUCCCCCCACGUGUCUGGCUCCUCCUCCCCCCAGGUGGAGAUAUCCUCGCCGCAGGAGAUGCAGCACUCCAUGUUCCCCACGCUUCCACGCAAUACCCCGCUGUCUCCGCUGGCGCCAGAAGAGACGGCGGACUGGGGAGACGCUUCAGCCCCGCCUGAAGACUUCGCGGUGGUGACCAGGGCAGAGAUGCACCGGCCCCCGGCGGGGAGCAGGAGGCCAAGUAAGGCCGGCAAGAGCGGCAGUGCCCGAGCUCGUCCGGACGAUCUGGCAGUGUAG